AUGUCUGCCUCUCCCGUUGAGUACAACGGCACCAUCGCCAGUGGCGGUGACUCUCUGCACGACGACCUCAACAUUUACUACAAUGCCGGUGAUAUUUCUUGGAUCAUUACUUCGUCAGCCCUGGUGCUGCUCAUGAUUCCAGGUGUUGGGUUCUUCUACUCCGGUCUGGCCCGUCGCAAGUCUGCCCUGUCCCUCAUUUGGCUCUCGAUCAUGUCGGUCGGCGUGGUUUCGUUCCAAUGGUUCUUCUGGGGCUACUCGUUGGCCUUCUCGCAUACUGCUGGCAAGUAUAUCGGUGAUCUUUCCAACUUUGGUAUGAAGGAUGUCCUGGCUCAGCCAUCUGUCGGCGGUGACAAGGUUCCCGAUAUCUUGUUCGCUAUUUUCCAGGGCAUGUUCGCCAGCAUUACCGUUGCGCUUGCUGUCGGUGCCAUUGCUGAGCGUGGUCGCAUGCUCCCCUGCAUUGUCUUCAUGUUUAUCUGGACGACAAUCAUCUACGAUCCCAUUGCUUGCUGGACAUGGAACCCCUCGGGCUGGGUUUACAUCCUUGGUGGACUGGACUUUGCCGGUGGUACUCCCGUCCACAUCGCCUCCGGAUCUGCUGCUCUCGCGUACUCUUUGAUGUUGGGAAAGCGUCGGGGCCACGGAACACACGAGCUUAACUACCGACCUCACAAUGUCACUCACGUUGUCAUCGGAACCGUCUUCCUCUGGGUUGGUUGGUUCGGUUUCAACGCCGGCUCAGCCCUUUCCGCCAACCUUCGUGCUGCCAUGGCGGCUGUUGUUACCAACCUUGCUGCUGCCGUCGGGGGUGUUACCUGGUGCUUGAUGGAUUAUCGUCUGGAGCGCAAGUGGUCCACUGUCGGCUUCUGUUCUGGUGUUAUCGCUGGCCUGGUUGCCAUCACUCCCGGAUCUGGGUUCGUUACGCCCUGGGCUGCUUUUAUUUUCGGCGUGGUGGGUGCCAUUGCUUGCAACUACGCGACGAAGCUCAAGUUCCUGCUCCGGGUUGACGAUGCCCUGGAUAUCUUCGCCGUCCACGGUAUUGGUGGUCUUGUUGGCAACCUCCUUACUGGCCUCUUCGCUGCCGACUACAUUGCACACUUGGACGGCUCGACCGAGAUUGCUGGUGGCUGGAUCAACCACAAUUACAUUCAAUUGGGCUACCAGCUGGCUGACUCUGUCUCCGGCUUUGCCUACUCCUUCUUUGGCACUUGCAUCAUCUUGUUCAUCCUUAAUCUCAUUCCCGGUCUAAGUCUUCGUGCUCCCGAGGAGGAUGAGAUCAUGGGUAUUGAUGAUGCCGAGAUUGGCGAGUUUGCCUACGAUUAUGUCGAGGUCACCCGUGACAUUCUCAACGGCGUUGAAGGCAGUGAGACUGGCUCCAAGCGCACGAUUACUCCCACGGGCGAACACACCGCUACCAUUGACACCAAGGCCUAA